AUGGCCCAGCUCUCGGGUGCGGACGCUCGGGGGGGGUCGGAAGGCUGUCCUGCGUUGCGUCCGGCUUCUCACGCGUCACUGGAAUUUCUGCCUGGCGCAGAUCCCACAUUUUCCCCGUCGUUACAUCUUUCGUGCGACGUGCAGGAUUUCCCUCCCCAUCCCCCCUCCUUUUCGAUUUGUGCCGUCCACGCCUCUUCCCCUCGACAAACGGCGGAGUCUUCUGAACCAACCGGUGCGGAUGCUUUUGUGUCGCGCGCACUUACCUGGGGAGUCGCCGUCUCAACGCCAGGUCACGCACCCAGAGUGCGGGCGCCGAUUUGCGAGUCUUGGCUUCGCGACGCAGCAGAGCGAAGCUUCAAAGGCGAGCGCGAUUCAGAGGACUCCCCAGGUCAGCGGGGCAACCCCGAGGCGAGAGGAAGUGCGAACGGCGGCCUUCAUGGCGCAGGACAGGCAACCUCGGUAACUCUCGACGCAGUCGCCGCGCCGGGGGGCUCUCUCAGUGGGCAUGAGAAGCGUGGAGCGAUCUGGGACGGCGGUGCUGUCGCCGCGGCUUCAGACGGGGGCGCGGAACCGCAUUCUGAGUCGGCCAGCGAGCAGGGACGGCAAACCUCGACUCGGCGGGCUCUCGUUCCUGGCAGCGGUAAGUCCUGUGUCAGACAGAGUUCGACGAGACGGUUCCAUUCGCGUCGGAGCAAGGGCGAGGAGGAGACCCGCUCCGAGCGACCCCUGGCUGAGAGCUCUGGCCCGGCAUCAGAAGCGGGAGACAGCUUCAUCAAGACGGAAACGGCAGCCACGACGGUUGCCAUGGCGACUGAAAGGGGGGAGGGAGACCUGAAAAGGACACGAAGCGAGACUCCACGCAGCGGGGAGGCUUACCAGUCCCGCUAUGUGAGCGGCGAGUCGUCGCUGACAACACGUGUGGGGGGCGCCAGCACGGUGCCGGGUUCGGGGCCUUCAGAAUCGCGCGACGUGUCGGGCGGAAGUGCCUGGCGAUCCCUGUCGCGCUGGAGCAAAUGGAAUCGGAAAGCUGCGCCUUCGCAGGCCGACGAGGAUGCAGCUGGAAACCCAGAGGCGGAGGUUCAGGACCACGGAGACCCGGAAGAGUCGUUUCUGGCCAGGAUGCGGCGGCAGGCGAGACCCGACAGCUGCUGGAUCGCUCCGAAACCUAUCCCCGAGAUUCCAGGCCUCGUGACAGGGCCCGUUUACACCGUUGCGGCAGGCGCUCAGGUGCUAACCGCAGUCCCGAAACCGACAGAGGCCGCGGCGACUGACCCGCCAGGCACGUCCUUGUCUCUUUUCUCCACUCUCGAAGGCGUUUCUGCCCACGACGCCCUCAACGAUGGUUUCCCCCGUACGGAAUGCCUGUCGAGUUCGCACGGCAUGGAGCAGCGAACCGCCUCGGCCCCGGACUUGCGCGCGUUUUCCUCGAAGCCGACGGUCAUUGCUCGCGUCGGAAACACCGGAUGGGUUCGGCGCAUCACGCGUCGCAGCUUCAAAGGUCAACGAGCGGAAGUUCAAGGGCGAAAGAUGCCUUCCGUCCCUGCGUUGCUCCGCAGUUCGAACUGGAUUGACAGCGACGAAGACGAUGACGAUUAUGAGUUACAGGAAGCGGAGCGGGAAGAAGAAGCUCGGAAGAGGCGAGAACAGGCAGGGGCGAUACGUCGACCGCCCCACUACACUUUCUCGACGGCGUACACGACGAAGCAACGGGGACGGAAACUCAGGGGACCACUCGAAACCCCCAAGAAGCUUCGAGAAGUCCAAGGUCGCCAAAUCUACCCCCUGCGCAGCCAAGCCUUCGGCAUCUCGACACCGUCGGCGAGUGCGUUUUUCCGAAAACGCCCCGUUUCCCCAAACGCAAUGAAGAGUGAAAGCUGGUGCGCACGAAAGUUCACGGCCGCGUUCGCGACGGAGAAAGAGCAGUCGAUCCGAGCGAUUAGCCUGAUCGGGGCGGCUGCGACGGACACAUCAAGCCCAGACGCCACGUCUGCGGACGAAUUUGAGCAAGUGACGUGUGCAGAAGAGGAACAUGGAGAGUGCAAGUCCAGCACAUAUGCAAGCUGCGGAGGAGACGGAUCUUCAGUCACGGACAAGGCGACGCCUGCGGCGCAGAAAGCACAGACCCCGGCGGCGGUACCGUCCCAGGAGAAGGGACCGGACGGCGGCCCGCAGACGGGCGAGGACGCCGCGAGUCCGUUUCUCGGACAGGACAGCAGUUGCGACGGCGCAGAGUGUGCAGGCCGGGGAAGAGAACCACCGAGUUUUUCCUCGUCUGUUAAAGGGGAUCGCGUCGAGCUUUCCGCGCAGAAGAAGUGGAUCACCCGCCCCAAAGUGUAUACCGAGGAGGAAGAGAAACAACGGGCGGCAAGGCGGAAACGGCGAGAAGAGAGACGUGCGUGUCGAGGCCGUGUGCCCGCCGUGUCAGAGACCUUCCCGGUCGCGAAGGCGCUGCUCGACUCGCUUCUCAGGCGCCACGACCGCCUGUGCCUCCAGCAAGGCCGCCUGGCGCUCUUGGACGAAACGACGUUAAGAGAGCUCAUGUUCUGGAAAGUGGUGCGCCGGAGGCAGGCGCACGGGUGUGCAGCCGCCCCGGACUGCGAGGGUUUUAAGAUGCACUUCCUCGAAGCUGUGGAGGCUCAGCUGAUGCGCGAAAACGACCAGGACGCACUCCCGCCCGAGGCCGCUCAGGCGAGAACUCAGGAAUUUGUUGGGCUGCUCAAGAUGGCUGCCGGCGUAAAGGCCUGGCGGUGGGAGGCCUACGUCGAGGAGGAGGUUGAGCGGUGUCUACGGGCGGCCGAGAAGAAGAGAAGGACGGAACUCUGGGGCGUCAACGGAUCGGCUGCAGGCAACGCGUCCGUCCUUACACCGGAAGAGAAGCGUGAAUGCGAAGACGCGUGCCGAGAAAGGCUGCGUCAGGCGCAGGAAGAGCAUUCUGCUUCGCUCUCGUCGUGGUUCGACCCUGACGAAACACCUCAGGCGCGGUCAAGAGCUGCGAAUGAGCGGGACGGGUCUUCGAAAGUCACGGGCUCUUUUUCAUCCUUCCUCUCGGACGCUCAUCUCGGCCAGACGCCGGAAGGACACCGAAACCUCCUCGUCGACGCGGGACGGGCUCUGGGUCACCUUUUCUGGGGACCGCUGGCCUCGCCGUCUCACGCCUUUCCACUGGACCCUGCCGGGACAUCGACGGUGGAAACGUCGAGCGGAAUCCCCGAGUCGCCCUCUGUGAUCUCUUCGAGUUCUGCAUCCCACAGCACAGGGUAUCCCUUAGACGACAGAGGCGACCCGGCCUUUUCUCACGCCGGCCUUGGGUUGAGUGCGGAGUCUGCAUUCGCGGCUUUUCCCGCGGCGCGGAACCGCGCCGGGUCUUCUCCUGUUUGCCGCUACAGCCAUUCAGCCGCUGCUCGCGCGGCCUUGAAGAAGGCCCAGAAGCACGAGAGGCGCGAAGUGAGGAAGUUGAUGAGAAUGUGUGACUCCAUUUUCGGUGACGGGUGGCUGCAGGCGGAUGUGGCGGGACAGCGGAGUGCGGAGAACGCGCCAAGCAGCGCAGCGAGGCGAGGGCCGCCGCGUCAGCUGCAGGAGGGACCGACAGAGGCUGAGCAGGAAGCAGAGACGCAGCGGGAAUCUGCGAAGGAUCCGUCGGGGCCUGGGCGUGCGACCGGCGGUCGCGCGUCUCCUGUCGAGAGCGCGGAGGACAGCGACGACUCGCUCGCCUUCCGCAGACUCCACGAGAAAUGGGUAUACGAGGACAGCGAGGAUGGCAAAGACGUCAAUCGCGGUCUGAAGGAAGUGGUGCAGAAGCUUUUCCGAGAACAGCGCCGCAUGCUUCGAAAGCAGAGCGAGCGGGUUCGCGGGCAAGCGGCCAGGGACGCCGACUCCGGCCCUCCGGCGCGUGACUCGCGGCGCCUCUCGUCCGAAAGUCGCGCCGCGAAGUCGGACGGAGAGGACGCAGGCGAGACGCCUAGCGGACCCACGCAGCAUGACAAGUGGAUGAGGAAACAGGAACUGGAUCGGAUCGACAGAGAGGAACGGAACAGAGCUGGUCUACUGUACAAAGUGGUUUCGCCGCUUCAACCGCUCGUUCUGCUUCAGGAUUCUAACUUCUGGUUCGACUUAAAACGGCUCGCAGAAGAGUGGAAGUUGAGUCAGCGAAAGACGCUGUACCAGCUCUUCAAGAAAACCGUACAGCGGUGGGUGCAGUCUGCGCAGAAGCACGCAGAGCGAACGAGACGCAAAGAGAACCGAAUCGUUGCCGCCGCCAUCUUGGGUGACGCAGACCUCCCGUUUCCGAAGCCGACUCUCCGUCUCGCGCCGCGCUUCUUCUUCGCCGGCCGACCUGCUGCUGAGAUCGUCGUGAUUCUCUCUUCCCUCUUCGUAAGGCGCCAGGCAAUCUUCAACUGCGAGCGGCUAAAGAACUUGAUGAGCUGCAAGAGCGUGAUCUACUACGUGAUCGACGCCAAUAGUGUCGUCGCAGAUGGCCAGUCGCCAGACAUGAGAUUGCUGCGCCGGUGGAAGAGACAGCGGAUUGUGCGCAAUGCACCCCACACGCACCAUCGAGGCAUUCUCGUCCCGCAAGUUCUGGUCGACGGGCAUUCCAUCGGCUCCUACGGCGACGUGCAGCAGCUGGAGGACGACGGGGUGCUGACUGCCGUUUUUGCGCGCUGUCGAUGCCCCACGUGCCUUCAACCGCGACACGUAGAAGACCAGCGGUGUCGAUGGUGCAAACUCCAGUUCCGGGAGCUGCUGUCCGUCAGGCGACAGGGCGAGGGACAGUUGAAAGAAAUGUACCGCGGCCACCCGACGCGCGCGAUUCCGAUUCUGAGUUCCUGUUUCGACCGAGCCACCAGUUGGGUUCUGUACCCCCACUUUUGCUCUUUGUGUGGGGCUGAGCGCCGUCCCGAUCAGCCCUGGUGCCCACAGUGCCACAUGACGAUUCGCGAUGUCGCCUUAGCAAAAUCUCUUGGCGUUGGCAUUUACCGGGAGGAUCGAUGCCACAAAUGCGGCAAACCUGCUGGCGACGUCUUAGAUUGCUUGGAGCGGCUGCCUCCACAGGCGGAUCCCAAGUUCUCCAGGCCACCCAUGAACAGCUACUUCACCAGCAAAGCGUCUCCGCUUUGCCGUCAUUGUGGCGAGUUGCUCACCUACUUCUUGCCGAUCGAGGAAAAAAUCGCGGAAGAGCGACGCGAGUUCGGCAAGGCGUCUAUGCAUCGGAGAAGAAAGAAGAUAUCCGAGAUUCCAGCUGACGCAGAGACUGUUGACAAACCGAAGGAGGACGCUGUCAGCAAGCAAGAGGAACAGGUUUCCAACGCCGCUAGCGGCUCUGUGGGAAGUCAGAGUGUCGCGGGGAUAGCUUCAUAA